CAAACUCCUCUACCUACCAGCGGUGAAACCGAGACGACCAAACAGGAAUGAUAUCGCCAGGUUGACAGGUUUCAAGAAAGACCCUAUCAAUCACCAUGGCGGACGAUUUCGAGGACCGUAUCAACCACAAUGCAAGUUUCUUUGAUGGGAUCUUGUCUCUGACACCGGUCGACCUUUAUUUUGGCAGGGACAAUAGUAGCCAAUGGCAAACGAAAAAGCAACCACUCAACAAGAAAAGGGACUCGAGACUUGCCAAACUUGACCCUGUCAAUGCAAAGGCCGCCAGGGACCUUGUGGAGGGAAUAAACCCAGAAAACAAAACAAAGAACAAGCGCAAGCGUGAAGAAGUGGACGAGGAAGACCAAGAGAUUAAUAUUGCGGAUGGUAGCCUGUCGGAUGUUGGCGAUGAACAAGGUGAGACCCAAGGCCGCAACACAAAGAAACAAAAGAGGUCGAGCAACAACUCCAAAUCAUCAAGAGCCGCUGAAGAAGAAAAAGAAGACGAUGAUGAUGAGGAAACAAUCGAGGACAGAAAACGCAAAAAGGCAGAGAAGCGUGCCGAAAAGAGAACACGGAAAAAUGAGUUAAAAGCCCAGAUGAAGGAAAAAAAGGAGCAACAAAAGGCAAGAAAAAAGUCGCAGCAGCAAACAAAAGGCGACAAGGCGGACUCGAAUGAGCUGGACAUCAAAGAAGCCAUCACUUUUGAGUCAUCAUCGCCGUUACCGCAGGGCGAAGAAGAAGAAGACGAAAACGACGAAAACGCCGACAACGCCGACCAAGCCUCAACCCCGUCUUCAGAAGACGAGCACUCCGAGGUCUUCUCCCCUCAGCAUGAAUCCGGCACAUCCUCAACCUCAUCCAUCCAACAAUCUACCCUCGAAGACACCUCGAAGCCGACCUCCGACGCACCCUCGACCUCAUCCAACCAACCUUCCAACCUCAAGGACAACUCGAAGCGAACUGACACUACCGCUCCUGCCGCCACUCCCACCACCUCCAUUACACACGACUCGUCGACACCCCACGAAAGACUCCAAGCGGCGAUCCAACAACGCCGAGCCGAACGCAAAGCGGACGGCACCGACGGCCGGGCGCCCAAGAACCGACAAGAACUUCUCGAACAACGACGGCGCAAGGAAGAACAACGUAAAGCAGCCAAGAAGGAGCAAAAACGACGUGAAAAGGAGGAAGAGGCUCGACUGCAGGACGAAGAAAUCGCCCGCCGCUUCUCCCCUGGAGGUUCGGGCUCGCUCCUGGCGUCUCCACGGUCGCCGGUGUCGUCGGGUGGGGGGGGCGGUGACAACAACAGUUUCAGUUUCGGCCGGAUCGCCUUCACUGACGGCACUCACUUUGACCCGUCGACGGCCGACGUCGUCGACGAGCACAGACGAAAAGGCCCCCGCGACACGGCGGCCCAGCUCAAGAUCGCCCUGGCCAAGAAGAACAAACUCUCGGGCCUCGACGAGGCGAAACGUCGGGAGAUCGAACAAAAGGACAUGUGGUUGAACGCCAAGAAGCGCGCGCACGGGGAGCACGUCAAGGACGACACGAGCCUGUUGAAGAAGGCCCUCAAGAGGCAGCAGGGCCAGAAGAAGAAGAGCGAGCGGGAGUGGACCGACCGCGUCCAGGGCGUCCAAAAGGCCCAAGAGACCAGACAGAAGAAGCGGACCGAGAACCUGGCCAAGAGAAGGGAAGACAAACGCUCCUCCGGCGGCAAGAAGGUGGUCAAGAGACCGGGGUUCGAGGGUAGUUUCAAAGGGAGGACCGGCGGUAGGAAGAAGUGACGUGUUUGAUGUCGAUGGGAUUCUGAUCAGACCAAAGGAAGGGGAUGAUGAUGGAAUCGAGAGAAAACUUUUGACUUGACUUGAUCAGAGGCAAGCGCAAGAUACUCUCUCUCUCUCUUCGAGAACGAAACCUUUUGGGCCUUUGGGACCCAGGGUGCUCGGUCAUUGGUGACGAUGAUUCUUGUUGAAUAGACGACGAGAGACAAGAGAUGGGGGAAUGUCUAGUGAUGGACUCUACGGAGUAGAGAAAAUGGAAUCGACUUCUCAUUUUCUCCGUCAGAAUCCAUUAACAACGUGGUCCCUGAUCAAUUUUUUCAGCCUCGUAGUCGUGGACUGCACCAAAACAAAAACGUAUGUACAUACUACAGUAAAACUGUUUUAUGAACCACACAGUGACACACUCACAGUGUUAUCCAAUGUAUGAUAGAUAGGGUUAUUUAUGGUGCAAUAAUCCCAAAAAGUCCAUCGACCCCUCA